GUGGUCACGGCAUGAAUCAGGAACAAUCUACACGAACCGAUUUCACCUCCUGCAUAUUCUUUUCUCAUCCGGCGUCAAAUCCCUGUGAUGUUUUAACCGAAAAGAAAUGUCAACAUGGGCUCUCAGUGGAAACACUAUGCUGCAAAAGGAGCUUGGGGAAGACUGCGUUUGUGCUUUUUGGCCAGUCUGUCAAUCUGUCUGUGCUUUUGCAGAGCAGAAGACAGUUCGAUGGAGAACAUCGUGACUGAGAAGAAGGCUGAAGAAAGCCACCGACAGGACAGUGCCGACCUGCUCAUCUUCAUUUUACUCCUCACCCUCACCAUCCUGACAAUAUGGCUGUUCAAACACCGUCGGUUCAGGUUUUUACACGAGACGGGUCUGGCAAUGAUAUACGGAUUGCUGGUUGGGGUUGUUCUCCGUUACGGGAUCCAUGUACCUCGUGACAUCAACAAUGUUACGCUGAGUUGCCAUGUCAAUGCCAGCCCUGCCACGUUACUGGUCAAUGUAAGCGGCAAGUUCUACGAGUACACGCUGAAGGGUGAGAUCAGCGCCAGUGAAGUCAAGGAUGUUCAGGACAAUGAGAUGCUUCGUAAGGUGACCUUUGACCCAGAGGUAUUUUUCAACAUUCUUCUGCCACCAAUUAUAUUUCAUGCGGGAUACAGCUUAAAGCGGAGACAUUUUUUCAGGAACAUGGGCUCCAUUUUGGCCUACGCUUUUGUUGGAACAGUGGUGUCCUGCUUCAUCAUUGGCUUACUGAUGUAUGGCUUUGUGAUGCUGAUGAAGCAUACUGGCCAGUUGGGAGGAGACUUCUUCUUCACUGACUGCCUGUUCUUUGGUGCCAUUGUAUCAGCCACUGAUCCAGUGACUGUCCUGGCCAUCUUCAAUGAGUUACAGGUGGAUGUUGACCUCUACGCUCUUUUGUUUGGAGAAAGCGUGUUAAAUGAUGCUGUUGCUGUGGUACUUUCCUCGUCAAUUGUUGCAUAUCAGCCUGAGGGAGACAACAGUCAUACAUUUGAAGCCAUGGCCAUGCUAAAGUCAUUUGGUAUCUUUCUGGGAGUCUUCAGUGGUUCCUUUGCUCUUGGAGUGGCUACUGGUGUAAUGACUGCCUUGGUUACCAAAUUUACCAAGUUGCGGGAUUUCCAGCUGUUAGAAACGGCUCUCUUCUUCCUCAUGUCCUGGAGCACAUUCCUGUUGGCUGAAGCUUGUGGCUUUACAGGUGUAGUAGCAGUUCUUUUCUGUGGGAUUACACAGGCUCAUUACACCUAUAACAACCUCUCUCCUGAGUCACAAGACCGGACCAAGCAAUUAUUUGAGCUGCUGAAUUUCCUGGCUGAGAACUUCAUCUUUUCCUACAUGGGCCUGACACUUUUCACCUUCCAGAACCAUGUCUUCAACCCCAUCUUUAUCGUGGGAGCGUUUUUGGCCAUUUUCCUGGGCCGCGCAGCUAAUAUUUACCCACUCUCCUUCCUGCUCAACUUGGGCCGCAGGAACAAGAUAAGCUCCAACUUUCAGCACAUGAUGAUGUUUGCAGGUCUCCGAGGGGCCAUGACUUUUGCCCUCUCUAUCAGAGACACAGCCACGUAUGCACGACAGAUGAUGUUCUCCACCACACUGCUGGUGGUCUUCUUCACCGUAUGGAUAUGUGGAGGAGGCACCACUCAAAUGUUGUCUUUCCAACGGAUCCGUGUUGGCGUGGACCCAGACCAGGACAAUUCGAUUGGCCCUGACGGAUUAGAGAGGAGGAGCACCAAACAGGAGAGUGCCUGGUUAUUUAGGAUUUGGUACAACUUUGACCACAACUAUCUUAAGCCCAUUCUGACUCACAGUGGGCCGCCGCUCACAGCCACUCUGCCAGCAUGCUGUGGCCCACUGGCCCGAUGCCUCACCAGCCCACAGGCGUGCGAGAAUGAGGGCCAGCUGAAGGACGAUGACUCGGACCUUAUUCUGAACGAUGGGGACAUCAGCCUGACUUAUGGGGACAUCACGGUUAGCACAGAUGCGACGGGCACGCGCACGAUCAGCAUGCCAGCCGGUGCAGCAGGCGUCCAAUCUGAUGAGGCUCUGGAUCGAGAAUUGACCUUUGGCGACCAUGAGCUGGUGAUCCGGGGCACGCGUCUUGUGCUGCCCAUGGAUGAUUCAGAGCCGCCUCUACGCCACCGGGAGAUUUGAGCUGCAUGGAAAAAAUCCUGAAGGAAGUCAAAGGCUUUCCUGUCCCUCUUUCAAUCACCACCACCACAGUCUGGAGUGAUCUCUCUCUCUCUCUCUCUCUCUCUCUCUCUCUCUGAAGUGGCUGGUUUGAUGUCUCUACCUCAUUUGUCAUUUUCUUUCUGCUCCAAAUAUGACAUCUGAAACCUUGUUAGUUCUUGCUAUCCAUUUUUUAUUUAUUUUUUUUUUACCCCCCCAGCUUGGGUGUUAAACAGUAUGGCAUCUUCAGGCAUUGUGGCACUGUUUGUCUCCAAGGUUAGUGUGAGAAUUGAUAGAACAGUGCUUUCUUGUCUGCAUUGCAAGGUGUAAAAUAGCUGUGCAUGCUAAUUUUGUGCUUUCUGUUGGUGCGUGAGGCCAGGCUCAAAGGGGAUUCAAGCUUGGGCUGCUAAGUGUAAAACUGCUAAGUGUCUUAGACUUUCUAAAAAUCGCCUUCUUUAUCUGAGGAUCAGUAAGGAUCAAAGGCGCGGUAACUUGAUGGCUAAGUGUUUAUGUGGUUGCAAUCAAGUGCCUGUUGAGUGUAAUUUUUAUUUAUCUUUGGAGCAAAAUAACACUGCCAUCCACUAGAGGGAAGCCUUGUUUCUUGAUACUGAAAUCAUCUGGUUGAUGUAGGCUUCAAAUUGGCAACAAGAGGGACUUGCUGUAGUUUUGAUUGGCUACAGAGAGAGGUCUGUGCAAUCAGAGGGCCCAGAACUCACAUACUGACCUUUGACUGUGACUCUGGUGGACUUACACCUUGUUCUACAUGUUCAUGUUUAGUUGCAGUAAGAUGUUCUUUUAAUGACCGUGACGGUACCAAAUCGGAGGCUUUUUUUUCCUCCUCUGAUUUGUUUGCAUUUUGAAGUCAUAAAACAUCUGAAUUAAUUGUACCAUGCAGCUCUAAACCACUGAAAUGACAUAGCGUCAUGUUUAACAGUGAAUGACUGACUAAAACUAUCCAUCAUCUAUAUUAUUAAUAUAAACCAAACUAUAGAAAAUCCUUUUUCUAGAAAAAGAAAAAAAGUGCAGACCUGCAAGGAUACAAAUAACAGCAGCUCACAGCAACGUGUUUGAUUUCUUCAUAGGCCGUUUAAUGCACUAUCCUUUGCAUGAUGUGUGCUGUGUGGAGAUGCAUUGCUAUUUUGUUUUCUUUUUUAUAUAGCGAAUUGAAAAACCAUUGUGCAGGUUGGUGUGUAAUGUUACUGCAGCACAAAUUAUAAUUUAAUGUUUGUUUUCCUGAGUAUAGAGGGAGGAUGGGUGGAUUUAUGAUUUUAAGCUAUUAAAGGGCUGAAUGAACAGGUAUUAAUGUAAUUUGUGGUGGAAAAAAUGUCUGGAGUAAAUCGACCAUUUCCUGUUUUGAGUGGUAUGUUAGGGUGUGGUGCAGUGAUGAACAACAGUGCCGAUGGGUGCACGCGCAACUGUACAACCUUUACAGUUGUGUAAUUAUAUGUAGAUGAAAUAUAUAUAAAAUAGUGAACUAUGAGAUGAAUGAAAGUGACUGAUGCACUGUUUAUUAAAAAGGAUAUAAAUUCAGUUAAGUUGCAAACAACCCAUUAAGAGAUUUUUGUGUUGCAUUCUUGUUUUUGUAAAAUUCAGGUGUGUGUUCAUAAAACAAGUUGAUUUUGUAGAAGGGUGGCUGUUACCUUGAAUGGAAGGUGCUGGCACUCGUAACGCAAUGGGUCUCCUGAAUGAAACAGCAAAAUAAAACGCGGUCUGUGUUACACUGUUGCUGUGGAUGAAGGCUCAUGAUGGACAAUGCAAGAGAGAAGGAAAUGCAGGAACAGAAUGAGUGGCAGCCAUCUAAAAGAAGAGUGAACAAGGCUUUCAGCAUAGUGUUAUCUCCUGCUGUGCAGGACAUUUUCCCAGAGGGCAACUCAGUAGCAUUCCUGUAGGCCUGCCUCUAGAUAACAUGGCCCACAGAAACAGCACAUUUAUAUUUAGAUGGUCACAAGAUGGAAUUCAGUAUGAUUGCGGUUUUUGCACUUUUGUUUUCUUGCCUUGUUGACUUUGUCUUGAAAUACCUAUUCUAUUUAUUUAAUUGUCUAAUGGUAGAUGAUUUUCGGGUGAAAGUGAGGAAUAGACGAGUACACCUGCUGUUAGACUGAGAAUAUUCGCUUAUUUGUCACGAACAAGAAGGAAUUUGGUAGACAAGCUUUUCUCUGUACAUUAUCUUCUCUUGAAGAGCAGUAGUCUAGCAAUGUCAAUACCAGCCACACAUGCAGUACUGUACAAAAGUCUUAGGUGCCACUUAAAAAAAAAAAACAACCAAACAUUAUCAAGUUGUUUUUUUUUUUUUUUUUUAAAUGACGUCUAUGUUGUCGGUACAAAAACAUUUUAUCUUUCCAAACAUUAGUUUUUAGCACAAUUGGAUGUUACAGAAGAAUGUUUGUAGGCUAUCAUGUCAGAAAAGAAAGUGGCAUAUUCUGUAAGGGAUGUUUUCCAGACAAAGAACAUAAUGAAUGCUGCUGGGUUUUGCUGCAAACAUAAGCAAGUGCGACACAGUCUCCAGAACACUGGUUCUGCAAGAUGCUCAGUAAACUUACAGCUAGUUUCCUUAUAAAACUGCACUGAGACGUACGUACGUGUGUGUGUGUGUGUGUGUGUGUAUGAUAUAUACAUAAAAUAAUAAAAAUGUGAUUAAUUUUUUUUUAAAGCAAAGGGUUAUCACACCAAAUAGACUUUCAUUUAUUGUUGAUUACUGCUCUUUAUAGAAACUUUUUUUUUUUUAAUGUAGAAACACAUUUCAUUAUUUUUGGAGGCGUCUUUGCUCUACAGCAUUUCUUUGCAUGUGCUUAAGAACUUAGCACAGUACUACUGUAUAUGAGCAGGAAUUUUUGCAAAGUUGUAUACAUUGUCUCUACACGUACUCUUCUAAUUGAACAUGAAUCUGUGAGGGCGGAGCUCAAAGAGAUGGACUUAAAAUGCGCAAGAUUAAUUAUUAUUUUUUUCAAUCUGUUUCUGAAAUGUGCUGCAACUUGCCUAAAGACUGAAUUCGCAAAAAAGCCAUUUGAGUACUAUUGUCCUUUCUAUUCAUGGAAAUGGGACAAUAUUUCUCUAAGAAAAGUGGGCCCCCCCCCCCCCCCCCUCCCCUCCCCUCCACAGGUUUGAGCUUGAGUUUCUUGAGUUCAGGUUAUUCUUAUUAAAAAGUCUAAGUCUGUGUCCAACUCUACUGUUCUUUUACUGCUUGUCCAGGAUAACCUAUGAUCAGCUUCAGUGUCCAUGGCCACUAAAACACUUAUAUGGGUGAUAGCUUGUCCUGUGCGUUUUGAUUUCUAACAGAAAGAAGCAGAUCGAUAUGCAGAUUUGCCCAUGUGUUUUUACUGAUCUGUAGCUGAGCACUAGUCACAUCAUGUGCAGCCUCUGUUACUACAUGUUGCAGGUACUGACUGUUUACAUAUGUGUAAAUAUGACCAUCUGUUCAUGUGUGUGUGCAGCAAUCAAUAAAUAGAAGCCUGUGCUUUCAACUAAA